UUUUCCAGAAGUAUCAAAAUCUUAGCGUGUUGGGCAUCUUCUUUACAUCACCGAUCGAUCAUGACUUUUAAUACGCUUAGUUUUAGAAACCUCCCAAUUGUUCAUCAUAAAAAGGUCCAACCUAACACAAACAUGCAAUUUCAGGAUAAGCUUCCAGCUGAUCAGAAUCAUCUACAAACCAAAAUUCUUUAUUGCAAUCAUACAACAAUGUCAACUUCAGCUGCAAGAAAUUCUCCCUACAAACUUCAGGGCCUUGUUACACUGCUUUUUCGUUACAAAAUUUCCCCGUCGGCGGCCGCCGGUGGUGGUCCGGUUACUAGUGGCCUUUCAAAUGCUCACCAAAUUAGCCACCGCCGGGAUUUCUUUUCCACUAAUUUUUUCGGGUAUGGCCGGAAUGUCUUGAGUCAACAACAAUCGAGAUCCUUCAGUGGCAGCCCCAAAGAAGCAGAUGGAAAAUCCCAGGUGAAGGAUGAAGAGAGGAAAAUACAGUCAACAUCACCGGUUUCCGACAAGCAAAGUUUUUCCACUUGGGCCAAAUGGCUAUUGGGCUCUUUCUUGACAUUAUUGCCAUUCUUGAAGCAAAAGUGGGAACGACUGAAGGGAAUUGAAGGGAAGGUGGAAAAGGUGGUUGAAGAAGCAGAAGUUGUGGCGGAGGUGGCAGAGAAUGUGGCCACGGUGGCGGAAAAUGUAACAUCGGAGGUGGCGGAAAAGCUUCCGGACAACUCCAAAAUCAAACAGGCAGUUCUUGUCGUUGAAGAGAUAGCAAGCGUGACUGCUCAGGAGGCCAAAUUAGCUGAAGAUUUCAUCCACAAAGUAAUGUGCCCUCUACUUAAUUUGCAAUUAGUAAAAUGAUGGUAAUUAAUUAUCGUGUCAGUCAUUGACCAUUUACUUUCAAAAGAGAUUAGUCAUUAUUAUUAUUGGCGAUAAUGGACCCUAGACGCUGUAUAAAAAUGACAUGGAACUAAUCAAUAGAUAUUUGAGGUCUAGAACAAAUAUUUCUAACAUGUGCCUAUAUGGUCAAAAUGAAUAUUGGAGUUACAGGUUUGUGAAGUGAAGCAUGAUCUGCAUGAGAUGGAGACAACUGCUGAACCCGUCAUUGAUGAAAUUGUGAAACCUCACCAACAAAAUGUACCUACAAACUAAUUAAGCUUAUAGAUAAGCUAUAUAAGUACGUACAUAUUGAAGUUUAUUCUUUGCUGUUUGUAUAUUCUUCUGUAAUUAAUUAUAUAUGAAUAAUAUUUAGAGCCAAAUUUGAUGGCUCACAAAUUUUUCACCUGGGAGA